AGUCAGGAAACAAGCCGAGCCGCGUCUGCAGUUCAACACAGAGCUCGACCCGCCGGUGUCUCACACACAGACACACAGAGCUUAGUCUUUUCUCUAAUGAUGGAAGAACAUCUGAAGAGGACGUCCACUGUCGGAUAAAACAACGCGAGACGGACUAAACGCGCAGAAUUCACGGGGGAACCAUCUGGAACCGUCGGUUCGGAGUGAAGACCGACCUGUCAUGGGUGUCAUUACGGUGUUUCUGUGCAGGUAAACGUUAGCAGCAGCCGGGCUAGCCCCUCAGCUAGACACGCAGCAGAGAAGCUAGCUUAGCAUCCGCCGCUACUAACGUCAACUACCUAACUAACUAACUAGCUAACUAACAAGUUGGGUCGGAUGAACUGUUGCCAGAGACGGCACCAAUAAAACAGCCCUGCAUGGAUCAUAUUUUACCCUACAGACUAUAAACUGUCCUUGUAAACGGCCGUUAGUAACGUUAAACCGCCGUUUUUAAACUGCUGGUGCCGCAAGGUUGAUUGACAGCUUGUCACAACGGAUUUCCCAGAUGUGCAGUCAGAAACAAAAAAGUGUAGUUACUAGGCUCUUAAGUUAGCAGGACUGGCCAUGAAUGGCUGUUUGGCUGGAAAAACCCCAACUCAAGUGGACUCUCAACUCCGCAAACUGGACCAACAGCAAGCGAUGAAUUUCAUUUUGGCAGCGAGGUGUCACUGAAGUCGACACCAGCCGAGCUGACACGUUGCGAGCCAGCUAACUGACGUUACCGAGAGGAUUCAGUCUGUCAUCCGGGCCACACACGCACGCAGAAGGAGGGUUUUUAUAUUAUGAAAAGGACUGAAAAUACAAACAAGAGGAAACGCUGUAACAUGGAGCACCAGGAGAGUGGGAGAGCAGAGAAAGAUGUGAAGGAGUUUGCGGCUCCACCUCCUCUCCUCUUCAGGAAGCUGAGUAACCCCGACCUGUCACCCGCGGCAACCGCUGCCACCAAAUCCAAAUUGCACCGCCAGCUGAGUCAGGACGAAAGCUGGGCCCGACGCAACAGCCUGGCCAUGACUGGUAAGCAGUUGUUGCCUCUCUCCAGCAGUCUGCAUGGCGGCGUGAGUCAGCUGGCCUGGCAGGGGCCCUCUGGAGGUUAUGGAGGGCCCGGGGCCACCGGCGGGAUCUCUGCAGGACAAGGAGACGGAAACAACCUGGUCCGUAUGAGGAGCCAAACCUUGGGACAGUCUGCUCCGUCACUCACCGGACUGAAGGAGCUGAGCCUUCCCAGAAGAGGCAGUUUCUGUCGGACGAGCAACAGGAAGAGCCUUAUUGUGACAUCCAGCACCUCCCCCACCCUGCCACGACCACACUCACCUCUGCAUGGACACACAGGCACCAGCCCACUGGACAGCCCUCGCAACUUCUCCCCGAACACAGCUGCACACUUCUCCUUUGUGCCUGCGCGCAGUCACGGACACAGGGCUGACAGGACGGAUGGCAGACGCUGGUCUCUGGCCUCGUUGCCUUCCUCUGGCUAUGGCACCAACACUCCCAGCUCCACUGUCUCGUCCUCCUGUUCAUCUCAGGAGAAGCUGCACCAGCUGCCCUUCCAGCCCACUCCGGACGAGCUGCACUUCCUCACCAAACACUUCAGCUCCGAGAGCAUCACAGACGAGGAGGGACGCUGCUCCCCCGCCAUGAGACCGCGCUCCCGCAGCCUCAGCCCCGGGCGUUCGCCUAUCUCCUUCGACCAUGAGAUCGUGAUGAUGAACCAUGUGUACAAGGAGAGGUUUCCCAAGGCGACGGCUCAAAUGGAGGAGCGUCUGGCGGAGCUGCUCAGCUCCUCGGCCCCGGAUAAGGUCUGCCCGCUGGCCGACGGGGUCCUGAGCUUCGUGCACCACCAGCUGAUUGAGCUGUCCCGAGACUGCCUGGAGAAAAGCCGAGGGGACCAGAUCACCUCGCGCUACUUCUACGAGCUCCAGGAGAACCUGGAGAAGCUGCUGCAAGACGCUCACGAGCGCUCAGAGAGCGUGGAGGUUACCUUCGUCACACAACUCGUCAGGAAGCUGAUGAUCAUCAUCGCCCGGCCGGCGCGCCUGCUGGAGUGUCUGGAGUUUGAUCCCGAGGAGUUCUACCAUUUGUUGGAAGCAGCAGAGGGCCAUGCCAAAGAGGGCCAGGGCAUCAAGAGCGACAUCCCCCGAUACAUCAUCAGCCAGCUGGGCCUCACCAGGGACCCCCUGGAGGAAAUGGCCCAGCUGAGCAGCUAUGACAGCGGGAACCCAGAAACCCCAGAGACAGAUGACUCAGUCGAUGGCCGAGGCACCACUGUCCCAGCAGCUCCUCCGCAGCCUAAAACCAAAGCACCUCGAGAGGAAGACUUUGAAAACAUCAAGCUGAUCAGUAACGGAGCCUACGGCGCUGUGUUCCUGGUGCGUCACAAGGAGACCCGGCAGCGUUUCGCCAUGAAGAAGAUCAACAAGCAGAACCUGAUCCUGAGGAACCAGAUCCAGCAGGCCUUCGUUGAGCGAGACAUCCUGACGUUCGCCGAGAACCCGUUUGUGGUCUCCAUGUUCUGCUCCUUCGAGACCAGGCGACACCUCUGCAUGGUGAUGGAGUACGUGGAGGGCGGAGACUGCGCCACGCUGCUGAAGCACAUCGGAGCGCUGCCGGUCGAUAUGGCUCAGAUGUACUUUGCAGAGACUGUCCUCGCUUUAGAGUAUCUCCACAAUUAUGGCAUCGUACACAGAGACCUCAAACCUGACAAUCUUCUCAUCACUUCCAUGGGACACAUUAAGCUCACAGACUUCGGCCUCUCAAAGAUCGGUUUGAUGAGUUUGACCACGAACCUUUACGAGGGACACAUAGAGAAAGACACCAGAGAGUUCCUCGAUAAACAGGUGUGCGGCACUCCAGAGUACAUCGCCCCAGAGGUGAUCCUGCGUCAGGGCUACGGGAAGCCGGUGGACUGGUGGGCCAUGGGGGUCAUCCUGUACGAGUUCCUGGUGGGCUGCGCUCCCUUCUUCGGAGACACGCCGGAGGAGCUGUUUGGUCAGGUCAUCAGUGAUGAGAUCAUCUGGCCGGAGGAGGACGAAGCUCUUCCUCAGGAGGCUCAGGACCUCAUCACCAAACUGCUGCGACAAAAUCCUCUGGAGAGACUGGGCACAGGAAGUGCCUUUGAGGUGAAGCAGCACCCUUUCUUCACAGAGCUGGACUGGAACAGCCUGCUGAGGCAAAAGGCCGAGUUCAUCCCCCAGCUGGAGUCUGAGGACGACACCAGCUACUUCGACACUCGCUCUGACCGGUACCACCAUCUGGAUUCCGAAGAAGAGGACGACACCAACGACGAUGAACACGUGGAGAUUCGACAGUUCUCCUCCUGCUCGCCUCGUUUCAGCAAGGUGUACAGCAGCAUGGAGCGUCUGUCUCUGCACGAGGAGAAGAGGACUCCUCCUCCCACCAAACGCAGCCUCAGCGAGGAGGGAGGAGAGCGCAUCGACAGCCUGAGUGGACUCAAGUCCAGGGAUCGGUCCUGGCUGGUGGGAUCUCCAGAGAUCCUGCGGAAGCGUCUGUCUGUCUCGGAGUCGUCCCACACAGAGAGCGACUCCAGCCCGCCGCUGACCGUCCGGAGACGCUGCUGUUCAGCCAUCAUUGAGAUGCCGCGCUUCGCCAUCUCCUCGGAGGAAGAGGCAGGCCAAGGGGCGGCUGGAAGUCGUAAGAGUCCCAGCCUGCUGGGUCUGAGUGCAGUGCGGGGCCCGCGCUGUGACGAGCUGCCGCUCGCCAUCCCAGAGCUCCCAGUGGAGAGAGAGCUGAAGCUGGACGAGUCUCCCACCACACCCAGCUCCACCUCCAGUCAGCUGAGCAGAGCCACGCUCACACCGGGCAGUUCAGGCGACGUGUGUGAUCGCGGCCACAGAGCCAACAGCAGUAACGGCGCCGCUGCUAAAGCCGCAGCGGACAGCGACCCUCCCUCCACGCCGAGGGCCAUCAGCGACCUGGCGGCUCGCAGGGCUCGCCACCGCCUGCUGUCUGGAGACGCAGACAAGCACACGGCGGCGCCCAGCUCCAGACCGCUCAACAAGGUCAUCAAGUCGGCGUCCGCCACCACGCUAUCGCUGAUGAUCCCUGCAGACCACCACGGAGCCUCGCCAUUGGCCAGCCCGAUGUCGCCCCACUCGCUGUCGUCCAACCCGUCGUCGCGGGACUCCUCCCCGAGCCGAGACCUGUCCCCGGCCGUGAACAACGUCAAGCCCGCCAUCGUGAUCCACAGAGCAGGCAAGAAGUACGGCUUCACCCUGAGGGCCAUCCGGGUGUACAUGGGAGACUCCGACAUCUACACUGUACACCACAUGGUCUGGCAUGUGGAGGACGGUGGUCCAGCCCACGACGCGGGGCUGAGGGAGGGAGACCUGAUCACCCAGGUCAACGGAGAGCCGGUUCACGGUCUGGUUCACACCGAGGUGGUGGAGCUCAUCCUGAAGAGCGGUGGCAAAGUGUCCAUCUGUGCCGUUCCAUUUGAGAACACGUCCAUCAAGGUUGGCCCCGCCCGAAAGACGACCCACAAAUCCAAGAUGGCGAGACGCAACAAGAAGACCAAGACCAAGGAGGGACAGGACAGUAAGAAGAGGACGUCUCUGUUCAGGAAGAUCACCAAGCAGGCGUCUCUCCUCCACACCAGCCGCAGUCUGUCCUCCCUGAACCGCUCCCUGUCCUCUGGGGAGAGCGGCCCCGGCUCGCCCACACACAACAUGUCGCCACGGAGCCCGACGCAGGGCUACCGGUCCACGCCAGACUCCGCCCACUCAGUUGGCGGAAACUCCUCUCAGAGCAGCUCUCCCAGCUCCAGCGUCCCGAACUCGCCGGCGAGCUCCGGCCACAUCCGGCCCAGCUCCCUGCACGGCCUCGCCCCCAAGCUCCAGCGCCAGUACCGCUCGCCCCGGCGCAAGUCCGCCGGCAACAUCCCGCUCUCCCCUCUGGCCCGAACGCCUUCGCCCACCCCUCAGAGCAGCUCCCCCCAGCGCUCCCCGUCCCCUCUUUCCCACGCUCUGGGCCAGUCUGCGGCGGGACAGUCCUUCCCCGUGAAGCUGCACUCCUCCCCGCCCCUGGUCAGGCAGAUAUCCCGGCCCAAGAGCGCGGAGCCCCCGCGCUCUCCGCUCCUCAAGAGGGUGCAGUCGGCCGAGAAGCUGGCCUCGUCCCUCUCCAACCCCCCCUCGUCGCCCUCCGGGGUGGCGGCGGCGGCAGCGGCGGCGGUCGGGAGCCGCAAACACAGUCUGGACAUCUCGCAUUCAGAGUUCAAGAAGGAGAUUCUGCAGAGAGAGCCGAGCCUACAGAGCCUUCAGGAGUCCGCCAGCGAGGUUCUGCUGUCAUCGGCAGGGCGCGGCGUGGAGACGGGCAGCCUGCAGAAACACUCCUCCUCAAACAGGAAGUUGGGGCGUCAGGAAGGUGACGGCGCCCUCGGCUCGGUACCCGGCUCCCUGGGCCUGGCCCCCGGGAAGAGCAAGCUGAAGGACAAACUGUCGGCCAUCCGGCAGGACCGAGCCGAGCGGAGGGAAUCGCUGCAGAAGCAGGACGCCAUCCACGAGGUCGAUUCGUCCGAGGACGAGACGGACGAGGGCUCCGAGGACAGCCAGGACGGCCGCAGGGCCGCCACCUUCACCCCUCCCCCGCUGCUGAGGCCCACCACCGUGAGAACGGGCCCCGGGGGCACGCUGCCGUCCCUCUGCCUCUCCCCCUGCACGCCUCACGCCACCUUCACCCACGCGGGGCCCUCGCAGGUAGGGAGGCCCACUCCCUCGCACACCCUCUCCUCUGUCACAGAGACGAAGCCCGGGCUGGGAGCCCCCCCGCUGGGGGUAAAAGAUACGAGGUCCGCGGCAUCCGCAGAAGACGGUGCCAGACAAGAGAGGAAGGUUCUGGGCCCGAGCAGUGCCACAAAACCCACUCAGGGCCCCCUUCUCUUCCCCACCCCAGGCAGUGCAUUCAUCUCAGUCAGCAAGGACACUUUCCUGAAGCCAAAUCCUCCACCAGACUCAAAGAGUCUCAUGGGGAAGACUGCACCGUCGGCGCCCAGGCCAGAGGACCAAACCCUGGACAGACCUAGAUCCACAGGCCGCUCUUCCACGAUCACCACAAAUACUUCAGACUGCAGAGCCUCCACCAGUACUACAGACUGCAGAGCCUCCACCAGUACUACAGACUGCCGGACCUCCACCAGUACUACAGACUGCAGAGCCUCCACCAGUACUACAGACUGCCGGACCUCCACCAGUACUACAGACUGCAGAGCCUCCACCAGUACUACAGACUGCAGAGCCUCCACCAGUACUACAGACUGCCGGACCUCCACCAGUACUACAGAUUGCCGGACCUCCACCAGUACUACCGACUGCCGGAUCGCUGACAGCCAAGAGACGCCCGGCGCCUCCUGCUCCUCUCCUAGCAUCCCCAAGGAGAAGAAGGAGGCUGACAACCGGAGACUGUGCGCCGUGGCCGCCGCGAGUCUUAACGCGUCGCCCUGCUCGUCCACUUCUGGCUCCGGCUUUAGUUUCAGCUCCCCGGUUGCGGCCCCCGAGAGCGCCGUGGACAAAGUUGUGUCCCAGCUUACGACGGUGGCUAAGAGCGUUCUGGGUCCCGUCAAACUGAGCACCGCUGCAGAGCGGAGCCAAAAGGACCAGAAACCCUCCAGAGGCGGCGCCCCGGAUGUCCCACCAACUGCCCCUCUCUCGUUUCUCUCUAAACAGCUCCCGGCUCCUCCGUCGCCUCACCUUUCGGAGCCCCAAAACAGACCGAAAAGUGAUCAAGUUGCCUCACCGAUCACCUCGGCCAAACCCUCGACCCAGACAGACUCUGCAGAAAGGCCCGCGCCGGGGCCCGCAGGCAGGGAGAACGCAUCGGCACAGCUGACGGCUGCAGCAGCCCCCCCCAACAACCCCAUCGCCUCCGCAGCAUCUGAGCCACAGCGCAAGAGGCCCAAACCGCAGACGGCCACUGCCGGCAACGCCGCGAACGCCUCCUCGCAACAAGACAAAGCAACCAGCAAGAAGACGUAGCAGCGAGAAGCCCAACGACAUGUGUAAAAUCAUUGCUGGCUUCGCUGAGGUUUUUUUUUUUUUUUUUUUUUUUUUUUUUUUAGAACUCACACAAUCUGCAUGUUUGGGAGAAAACACAAUUAGUAACUUCGCACUUAUCUAAGAGAGUUUGACUUUCAAAGCGAAAGACAGAUGUGUGUAGAGAGAGACGAAGAGCUGUCAGAAGCAGAGACACAUGUGGUAGUCCUAGUUCCAUUCCAGCUGUUCUGUGCUCCUUAAUGUUCCUGGGAGUUAUUUCGGUGUCCAUGACUCUCUGGUUCCCGCUUUCAGACUAAAUGCCUCGAUGGGUUGGCGCGGUCUUUUUUUUUUUUUUUUCUUUCUUUCUCUCUUUCUGCAAACAUGUACGAGGCUAGAAAUAAAGAGCUCGGUGGUCCGUGCACAUACAAUGCCACAUCACACGCACCUUUUCUUGCUCGCUGUCUUCUUGUGCUGCCUCAUUACUUUUCACCUUGAUGUUUGGCAGAGUCAACGCGCACGUUCCUCAAACAUAUCAGGACGUCCCUAACUGAACACACAAUCUCAGCAGUAAAGUGCAGCGUAUGUUUAGCAGUCUGUGUAAAUGCAUUACAGACAUUUUAAUGGGACUAAAUCUGCACUGUCAAAGUGCACUCAGCACCCAGCCACCUAGGCCAAAUUAAAUUGUCCUCUCGCCGUAAUCCCCGGUGAUCCCACGCUGCAGGCCUGCAGCAGAGGAGGCGUUCCCGGAGCACAGAUCCCAGGCGUGGUUCGGCAAAUUUGAAGAGAUUCCUGGGGGGGAGGAUAUAUAAGUGCUGAAGUAGAUUAGAGAUUGUGUCAAUUCAUCGAGUCCGCGCUUGGGCGAAGAACUGAAUCUACAGUUUGACCCGUAAACUCGACUGAACGACUUUCCUCACUCCUCACCUGGCUGAAUAGUAAAGAAGCAUAUUGGUCUUGAUUGUACUGCAGCACCAUACUUUUUUUCCUAGAUUUUUGAAUGCCUUUUUUAGAAAUUAAUUAAUAUUAAUAUAAUAAUAAUAAUAAUAAUGAAUAAGUUAUUUGACUGGUUUGAGGCAAACUUUCCAAGAUAGUUUCAAGUUCAAUUAUUUCCAAGUUGAAACAUUUGCAAAGCAUUGAUUGUUUAGAAAGUAGAAAUAUUUGACCUGCCGCUGUUAGCGAAGUCGCCGUAGGGUUGUGUUUUAAUUAUUGGACCCUGUUCCAGGUUGUAAAAUAGCCAGAUUUGCUGAGCUCUGACGCUGUGUUUUAUUUCUACUCUACUUUAUUGGCAAAGAGCAUUGCUAACCGCCACUUGCAUAUGUUGCCGGUCGCCUAUUAUAGACCUUUUCACAGAUGUAAACAUAAACGUUCUAAACGGAGCCAAGUUGAUUUCCUGUUGCAGUGGUUGUGGAUGGCAUCAACUCACGGGAAGUCAACAAGGCGCCAGGCUGUUGCAGGGCAAUUGAAUUCCAUAGAAAAGGUCUAUUACCGUUGCAGCUAAUUGGUUUCUUACAAAUGCUGAAAGUUGAAACCAAAAAAUGUUAAGGGGAUUUGAAAAACUUUCAAAAAUCCUAUCAAAAGCCGAACCCUACAUAUUAGCAUAAGCCCGAUAGACGCAUUGUUCUUUUCUCUUUAUCAGACGUGUGUCAACUCCGAACGUUUUCAGACUCUUUACAACACUCACCACACUAACAUCCAGCUGACGAAUUCAAACUGAGCAUGCUCAGACUGACUGGUUCUUUUAGAAACCCAGUUCUGUUGGACCACCCUCUUUUUAUUCCUAGCCCCAUCAGCCUCUGAAGGCUUCCGUACUUUUAUUUGGUAUCUGGACCAACUUGCUGUGUUUUUUUUGCCGCUAAUCCUGUAAAGUCAUCAUAUUUUAGUGUGUGGGUGUGUGUGCGUGUGUGUGUUCAUUUGUGCAUGGUUAUCUGUGUACAUAUACAUACAUAUAUAUAUAUAUAUAAGAAUAUUUAAAGUUCUGUUGUGCAUAUGUUUUAUACCGUGUGUGUGUGUGUGUGUGAGAGUGUGUGUUUUAGGAUUCGACACCCUGCUACCUGUGUAUGUGGCCGAGCUCUCCCUGUGUCGGGCGACAGGCUUUGCACAAAACCUUUAUCUCAUUUGUCAAAUGAAAACGACAAAAAAAAAAUCACUAAAAAGGAAAGCUGUUCGAGUCUUUUUGACUGCUGACCGCCGUGGUUGCUUCAACCUUAAAACACAGUUAGCCUGUUAAAAUCAAUCCCUUAUGGUUUUGUGUGUGUGUGUGUGUGUGUGUGUGUGUGUGUGUGUGUGUGUGUGUGUGUGUGUGUGUGUGUGUGUUCUUUUUCUUGGAUAUACCACCUUUUAUUUCAUCCGUGUCGUCCUGAUCUUUUCCCCGUACAUUCAAAUGCGAGAAGCGGAUUGUUUGUUUGUUUUGGUUUGUUUGAAAUUUUUCUGAGAAAAUCACCUUUCGUCGUACAUUUGAGCGUUUUCCCCGAGGAAGCGGGAUGUUAAGAUGAACUGGACCUCCUUCGGUGUUUGGUGUCUUUGCUGAGCUGGCGUAGAGCCGACUGACUGAGAGCUCAGUUAAAAAGACACCGUUGAACUGACGUCAACACUGACGGUGGCGAUCUCUGUAAUGUGUUUACAUGUUCCUGUUUUGUAUCUUUAUGUGUUCUGGGUUGUUGUUUUGUUUUUUUUUGUCAAUGGAACGUGUUGCCUGUAGCAAUCAGACCUCCUCUGACAAGGCUGUGGGAUAAUUACCGACUCCUGAUCGUAGCGCUGUGCGACGAAGGGCUCUCCCGUGACGGACGACGUGUAGAAGCGGAGGAAGGUUUCAGCGCACACGUGUCGAAAUCUUCUCACAACGGCGCAGAAGUGCGUUAACAGGUGUGUCUGUGGAACCGAUCAGAGGCGUUGAGACUCUUGGGGGAGGAAGCACAGCUCCCCGUUGAGCUGAUUUAUGUGCAGUGUGUUGCUUCGGCCAAUCAGACGGUCAGGAAGCUGAUGGGUUUCAGAGUGCGUUCCGUUUACCUCGGGACUGGGGAGCUGGAGGUGGGAAUGACGUCACACCGGAGCGAAAUGCGUUCCAUUUACAAGUCAGAUUUUUCAUUGUGGCAUAGGCCGAAUUUAU